CCUAUGAACACCUAAAAAUAAAGUCCUUAUCCUUUGGCCUUUUUGAGUACUCCUAGCUUAAUUAGCUUGUUUCAUCUACAAACUCUAUAUCAAAAUGGGAGAUGGAAAUAUGAUGAUCAGCCUACCUCCUGGUUUUCAAUUCUGUCCAACCGACCAGGAACUUGUCCUUCACUUUCUUUACCGCAAGGCCUUGCUUCUACCUUGUCAUCCCACCAUUCCUGACCUUAAUCUUCAUCUCUACAAUCCUUGGGAAUUCAACGGAAGGGCACUCUUAAGUGGAAACAUAUACUACUUCUUUAGCAAAGUGAAAGAAAAUAGAACAACCAAAAAUGGGUAUUGGAAAGAGUCGGAUGUUGAUGAAGUACCUAUACAAGCAAGUCAUGGAGAAAAAGUCGGAGUCAAGAAGUUUCUUGUUUUCUGUCUUGGUGUACCUCCAACGGGAAACAAAACCAGCUGGGUAAUGGAAGAGUACAAAAUUUGCAACACUUCUGGAUUCAGUGCUGCUGUUUACAAAAAAAGAGGAAAACAAAAAUUAAAUUGCAACAAAUGGGUUUUGUGUCGAGUUCAUGAAAGGAAGGGAAUUUUAUCUGAGCAACACACUUUAUGCUAUGGAGAUGAUGAUGAUGAUAAUGGAACCGAGCUUUCAUGUCUAGAUGAAAUGUUUUUAUCUUUGGAUGAUGAUCUUGAGGAAAUUAGUUUGCAAACUGAUUAGUUUAUAUAUAUAUAUAUAUAUAUAUAAUUAGCCACCAAUAAUAAACCCUAUGUCUACGCGAUCCUAAUAUAUUAAACCUAUAUGUAUAUUGUUUUAACCUUAAUGUAUAUAAGUGGGUUUUGUGCCCCGUUCUUAUAAACCUAUAUGUCACCUUAAUCUAUCCUCUCGUACAUUAACAGUUCAGUUGGACUUGAAGCGAA